UGACCUCUGCUGGAUUUCGACUCACCAUAACAUUUAUUCGUGAAAGUAUACACAGUACGACAUAGUUGUGCAUUCAUGUUAAGAGUCUAUGUGAUCUUAGUAGAUCUAAGCGGACAUGAGCUCAGAAAAUCUUAUACGGCGGCGCAUCGCAGGGCUACGUCGCUACCUCAACUAUGACUGGGAGGACCUAGGCGCGGGUCAUAUCCGGGCGACUGUGCCCUCGUUCCCUUACGAUGCGCUCGAUGUUUCAGGUGACAAAAUCUCGCCAAUGUCGCUCCUGAAGUUGUUCGACUCCGUAUCUUCAGGCUACUUUUCGACAUCUGACGCAGACUGGCCGACAACGGGAGCCGACGGAGUCGUGUUCAUACCGAUGUUGUACGCCCUUAACGUCGCCGUCGACGUGGGGCCCAUGUUUUACGACGACCGAGGACCAAAGUUCACCUUGGUCGUUGACACUCGAUAAAAGUACGUCAAACGAGCAUCGUCUUGUUUCAAGAAGACACUUUCUCACGCGACGUCGGGAACGCUGUUCGCUAAACUCACCGGUAUCGACGUCAACGUCGAUUACGUCACACGAAAACCGACGCCGUAUCCGGAGUGAUUUCGUUGCAAAAUAAUCUCGGAUGUUGAUGAGACGAGGGUAGGAUACUAUAUCACAAAAAAGCCUGAUGUUGGCGUAUUUAAGACACAGCAUAUAAUUCGUUUUAGCGACACGGAUGAGAACCGGCAUACAAAUUACUGUACGUAUUCUCGAAUUUGCCUGGAUUCGCUGUGUGAAAACAUUAUUGCCGGGAAUAACGGAAGUGGUUUGGACGCAUAUAACCUUGCCUUA